AUGGAUGAAGCACACAAGUUGAAUUUAUGGGAAGGUUACGUAGACUGGAGGAACAGACCUGCAAUGAGAGGUCGGCAUGGAGGCAUGCUUGCUGCCUCCUUUGUCUUGGUUGUGGAGGUACUGGAGAAUCUAGCAUACCUGGCUAAUGCAAGCAACCUUGUGCUUUACCUGUCGAAGUUCAUGCAUUUUUCCCCAUCCAGCUCGGCCAACAUUGUUACCAAUUUCAUGGGCACAGCCUUUCUCCUUGCUCUACUAGGUGGCUUUCUAGCAGAUGCUUUUUUUACUACCUACCUCAUCUAUUUAGUCAGUGCUGCAAUCGAAUUCAUGGGUCUGUUACUACUCACAAUUCAAGCUCGUGUAAGUUCACUGAAACCACAACCAUGCUUUUCAUCGACCACCAGUAUCUCAUGCGAGCAAUUCGACGGCAGGAAAGCAUUGAUGUUGUUCACAGGCCUCUACCUGGUGGCACUCGGUGUUGGAGGGAUAAAAGGUUCACUUCCUCCACAUGGUGCUGAGCAGUUCGAUGAGAAUACCCUUCCAGGAAGAAAGCAGAGAUCUGCAUUCUUUAAUUACUACGUAUUCUGCCUCUCCUGUGGAGCUUUGAUUGCAGUGACUCUUGUGGUAUGGAUUGAAGACAACAAAGGCUGGCAAUGGGGAUUUGGGGUUUCCACUGCAGCAAUACUUCUCUCCAUCGCAGUCUUCCUCAGCGGUUCCCCAGUUUAUAGAACCAAAGUUCCUAAGGAAAGUCCCAUCACGACUAUAUUCAAGGUUCUAGCUGCAGCAGUAUACAACACCUGUAAAAUCAGAAAUCCUAGCAAUGCUGUCAUGGGCAUGGACACGAGCACAUCCUAUGUCACCGAAACCAGUGACGGAGAAGACAGCAGCAAUGUAAAAAGAAAGGCAACAAGUCAAACUCCAACAGAAAGCCUCAAAUUUCUUAACAGAGCAGUGAUGAACAAAACAGGGAAGCCAAUAUUAGAAUGUAGAGUAGAGCAGGUAGAAGAGGUUAAGAUAGUGCUAAAGAUCCUCCCCAUCUUCAUGUCUACUAUAAUGCUAAACUGUUGCCUUGCUCAGCUCUCAACUUUUUCGGUCCAACAAGCAUCAACCAUGAAUACCAAACUUGGCUCCUUAAAAGUCCCACCAGCUUCUCUUCCUGUUUUCCCUGUUAUAUUCAUCAUGAUCCUGGCACCAAUCUAUAACCACAUCAUCAUUCCAUUCGCUAGGAAAGUGACAAAAUUUGAAAUGGGGAUAACUCAUUUGCAAAGAAUAGGGACAGGGCUAGUCCUAUCCAUCGUGGCAAUGGGGGUGGCCGCCCUGGUGGAAAUGAAGCGAAAGAGAGUAGCAGAAGCCAAUUAUGGUUCUGGGCUAGCAAAUUCAACUAAACCUCUACCCAUCACAUUCCUUUGGAUCUCAUUGCAGUACCUGUUCCUGGGAUCAGCUGAUCUUUUCACAUUAGCAGGCAUGAUGGAAUUCUUCUUCACAGAGGCCCCAAAAAGCAUGAGAUCUUUGGCCACGUCUCUAUCAUGGGCCUCGCUUGCGAUGGGAUACUACCUCAGUUCGGUGCUUGUAUCAGUAAUCAACAGGGUGACAAGUAUAUACGGACACAAGCCAUGGCUGUUUGGUAGCAACUUGAAUGAGUAUCACCUCGAGAGGUUUUACUGGUUCAUGUGCGUACUAAGUGCGUUAAACGUGUUUCAUUAUCUCUUCUGGGCAAGCCGCUACAAGUACAAUUCCACCAGCCCACAGAUCACAAGUCCUGACUCAUCACAAUUAAUGCAACAGAAUUAA